AUGAUUUCACUAUCGGAGAUAAUAGUAUCACCGCACGUUCUAGUACUGUUCGUUGUUGGACUUGUUGUGAUAAUCUAUCGGCUUCGACGUCCAAAACUUAACGAGCCUCCACUCGUACCUUACAAGUAUCCGUUUGUUGGACAUUCUUUUGAAAUUAAGCGAAAUCCUGAGGAGUUUAUCAAACAAUGUCAUAAGAAGCACGGAGAUAUAUUUUCGCUUUAUGCAUCUCGCCAGAUUUACACUGUUGUCAGCAAUGAUCUAGCCUAUGAAAUGUUGAGGUCAUCCGAUUUUAGUUUCAGGAGCGCGUCUGACCAAAGAUUCCCGUUUUACGACAUCAUUGGAUCUACCUUGUAUCCAGAUUUUACUGAUAACAUAUCUGCGAUGCUCAUGGAUAGGUUAUACAGGCAUCUUGGUGAUUAUCAGCCCCGCAUCUACCGCGAGCUACAAAAUGGUAUAGAUCAGUUGAUUGGGGACUGUAAGGAAACUAAAGUAAUUGAGAAUCCUGGGCAUAUAAUAAGGACCAUUAUCGCGCGGACAGUUGCAAAUGUGAUUGUUGGUGAGACGCUGUGUAGAGAUCCUGAAGUCGUGGAAACAUUUGCAACAUUUGCAACUAUGUUAGUGCAGAAUAGAAAACUUUCCAACUUUGCAUACUUUAUUCAUCCUAGUCUCCACAGAAAAUAUGUGAAAUUGAUCUUUAAAUACGGUGACAACCCAGUACAAAAGCAUAAGGAUCUAUUAAUAAGGAAGUUAAAGCCCAUUUUUGAGAAACAUCAGCGAGACAUGCAACAGCAUGGAAAUGAAUGGAAAUGUUCCGAUGAUCUUAUUCAAAGAAUUAUCAACCACUCCCUUGAAUUAUUUGAUGAAAUUCAAUAUGAUUACAUAACAUGCUAUUUGUUGACUCUCAUAUUGGCUGGAAUACACACCGUGAGUACAAGUAUUUUGAAUGCUCUUAACGAUUUUGCGGGAAGACCAGAGUACUGGAAAGAUCUAAGAGAAGAACAAGAAUCCAUAGCGGGUGAUUUUGAAUCUGAUUUGAGUGUAAAACAAAUAAACGAAAUGAAAAAAUUGGAUAGUUUUAUCAAGGAGUCCAUUCGUCUUGUGGGGCAUGUCUGCCGCCUUGUGUUCGUGAACCAUCUCGCCUACGUGUCUAAUCCCUCUCUACAUGGUGAUAAUCCAGAGACAUUUUCUGGAUUUAGAUAUGUCGACAAAGAUCCAUUUGCCAUGGUUGGUAGGACAUCAAUAGCAUUUGGUCUAGGAAAACAUGCGUGUCCAGGUAGAUGGUUUGCCGUUAACAAUAUUAAGACAGCAAUGUCAAUUCUUAUUAGAAAGUAUGAGAUUAGCAGUCUUGACGGGAAGCGACCGAAAAAUAUUUCAGCGCAUGGAUCUAUCAUAAUUGCUUCGGUGCCUUUGAAGUUUAAAAACAGAAAGUAA